GAGAGAGGGAGGAUGUAAGGGAGAAGAACUGAGGGUUGGACUGAAAGAAUGAGGAAGUGAGAGAGGGUGGUGUUAGACACAGGUGAGGCUGAGAGAUAGAGAGAGAGGUCCCAAUUUCUUACAAAUAAGACACAAAGAGAGAAGACUCAGAAACGAAGAGAAGGAGUAUAAAUUAUCAUUUGAAGAGGGAGAUGCGACUCUUGACCUGUAUAUUAAGUUGGUACUCUAUUGGUGGCAAUCCUGCCCCUACUAAAGGAUAUGGUCUGAGGACAAGUAUGCACAGACAGAAGGUAAAUAAUGUAAACCUUGUUUUAUGCCACAGGAAUUUUGGAUGGAGUGAAUUUGCAAAGUAAUUUAAAAUUCGAUUGAAGAGGAGGUAGGAAUACUAUCAAUUUUUGAAUGGAGUGAGCGAUACAAAAACAGAUGGAGGGAGAAAGAGAGAUCUAGAAACGCUUAGGAAGCAGAGGACUUGCCACGAAAUAAACUCAAAUGGAAGAUGUAAUGUUGCAAAAUGGACAAAGUAAAAAAAAAGAAAGAAAAAGUAACUGUGUGGAAAAAGAUGGAGUGUCAAAACUCAAAAAGUGUGUAACUGAAAAAUGUUUUACUGUACUGAGAGAAGACAUGGAAAGCUGACUACAUUUGCCUUGAUGAACAACCCAAGGAUGUAAAUUCUACAUUUACAGGGACAGGUUUGAUUGAAUGUGUAUUUCUAAACUUGAUUUCCAUAGUGAAUAUUUUACGUGAGUUGGUGCGUGAGUGUUUCGGGUGCAUUGUGCGCUGCACAGAUGAUGUACGUUUGUGAGCACAGCAAAGACAAUGGCUAAGAAGAAACCUUGAUAUAAAUUUGCACAUGUAGAGUUAUGAAUGGACUGUUAUCUGACUAGACCACUAAAUAAGGUAAAUAAGACAUAAGAAUGUGAUUUGGAAAGAGGCGUACAUAUUCAGUGUCGGGACCUGGUCAAUGUGCACAGUUACACCUCUAUGUCUCUAUACACCUGCCUGCACCUGUGGGGUGGGGUAGAGCAAGGGAGCCUGACUGCAGCAGGAGAGGACUACAGACUUUAACUUUCAGGGAAUUGUGAUUCAUCCCUUCAUAACCCUCUAAAUGCUAAGGAUCCCUUCAUCUCUUGUUUCAUAUAAGCUGGCAGAAAUUCAAAUCCGGUGUCCGGAGAUCGGCCCGCUUUUUGGAGUUUUUGGACAUCUCAGAAUGGUCUGUGCUGGGUCACAGGUUCUACAGGACGCUAGCCCAUGCCCAUGCUUCAUCAAGAAUGUUUUUUUUUUUUUUUUUUUGCAGUUGCCAUAAUUACUCGGGUCUUGCACCCAUAGUUCUCACCAGCUCACUGGACUACCUAAUGUGAGCCCCACCUCCCACCACCGCCCACACACACACACACACACACACACACACGCACACACACACACACACGCACACACACACUCCAUCCAUUCUUAAGACCUGUCCUUCCCAGCAACCGGCCAUGGGGAUUCAUGGAAUGGAGCUGUUGGCGGUAGGCGUGGUCAUCAUUCUGUUUAUAGCUGUCCUCAAGCAGUUUGGCAUCCUGGAGCCCAUGUCCAUGGACGACAGUAGCGACAGUGACCUGGAGCUCUCCACCGUCAGACACCAGCCCGAGGGCCUGGAGCAGCUACAGGCCCAGACCAAGUUCACCAGGAAGGAGCUGCAGUCUCUCUACAGGGGCUUUAAGAACGAGUGUCCCAGUGGCCUUGUGGACGAAGAAACCUUCAAGUCCAUCUAUUCUCAGUUCUUCCCUCAAGGAGAUGCCACAACUUAUGCACAUUUCCUGUUCAAUGCAUUUGACAUGGACAGAAAUGGCUCCAUUCGAUUUGAGGAUUUUGUGAUCGGACUGUCUGUACUCUUGAGGGGUUCUGUGACAGAGAAGCUCAACUGGGCUUUCAACCUCUAUGACAUCAACAAAGAUGGCUACAUAACUAAAGAGGAGAUGCUGGCGAUCAUGAAGUCGAUCUACGACAUGAUGGGCAGGUACACCUGCCCCAGCGUGCGGGAAGACGCCCCCUUCGAGCACGUGGAGAAGUUCUUCCAGAAAAUGGACCGAAACCGAGAUGGAGUGGUGACCAUCGAUGAGUUCAUGGAGACCUGUCAGAAGGAUGCGGACAUUAUGAGCUCCAUGCAGCUCUUUGAGAAUGUGAUCUAGGCCAGGACGGAACGUCCCAAAAUGAACUUUCCUGCUAUCCACCGGUGCCACAAGUUAAUAACCUCACCAACCAGACAACCAACCCCCUCACCCCCCACCCCCCCUCCCCAACCGCACUCAGCAUGUACCUUUGCCUAGUUAUAGAGCCUCAUGGGGGCAGCACAUAAUCAAUGAAA